CAACUGAUCUUCUGGAAGCAACCUUGUUUGUGUUCCCUCCAGUGCAGGAUGGGAGCAUGUGGUAGCAAGAAGACCGGCCGGAAGGAGAGACGCAAUUCCAUAUAUAAGCAGAAGCCUCCGCCAUCGCCGAAAAAGAAAAACCCACCACCGCCACCGCCGGUCAAGGCAAAGAACUUCACCGCUCCUGCCAACCGGUCUUCUGACAGUGAUAAGCACUUCGUAAUAGCACAGUACGAUUUCACUACGCAGAGCGACCGCGAUCUGCCAUUGACUGUAGGAGAGAAGUUUGAAGUCCUUUGCAGCGACGGGGACUGGUGGCUAGCAAAAUCUCUUACCACGGGGCACAAAGGCUACAUACCCAGCAAUUUUGUGGCCCGUGUAAACAGCCUGGAAGAAGAAAAGUGGUUUUUUAAAGGCCUGAGCAGAAAAGAAACCGAGCGCCUCUUGCUGGCACCUGGCAAUGUGAUGGGGUCAUUUCUGAUCAGGGAAAGCGAAACUAAUCCAGGUGCCUUUUCCCUUUCCAUCAGGGACUACACAUCUCAAGGGGAUGUCAUCAAACAUUAUAAAAUCCGCGCUCUGGACCAUGGGGGAUAUUACAUCUGCCCAAGGACCACUUUCCCUACGCUACAGGACCUUGUCAAACAUUAUUCUUCUAACGAAGAUGGCUUGUGUCAGCAGCUACGGCAGCCAUGCAUCUCUCUGGUUCCACAAAGGCCAUGGACCACCGAUGAAUGGGAGAUCCCUCGGGAAACGCUGAAGCUUGUCAAGAAGCUGGGAGCAGGCCAGUUUGGAGAGGUUUGGAUGGGUUAUUACAAGAAUAAUGUGAAGGUGGCAGUGAAGACCCUGAAAGAAGGCAGCAUGGCUCCAGAUGCCUUCUUGGCCGAAGCCAACUUGAUGAAGAGGCUUCAGCAUAGCAAGCUGGUUCGUCUGCAUGCCGUGGUCACCCAGCAGCCGAUUUACAUCGUCACAGAAUACAUGGCCAACGGGUGCUUGCUGGAUUUCUUGAAAUCAGAGGAAGGAAGGAAGUUGACUCUCCCCAAACUUAUAGACUCCUCAGCCCAGGUCGCAGAAGGGAUGGCAUACAUUGAGAGAAUGAAUUCCAUCCACAGGGACCUCAGGGCAGCCAACAUCCUGGUCUCGGAGACCCUCUGUUGCAAAGUUGCAGACUUUGGCCUGGCUAGGAUCAUAGAGAAUGAGUAUCUCGCGCGAGAAGGUGCCAAAUUUCCUAUCAAAUGGACAGCACCAGAAGCAAUUAACUAUGGAGUUUUCACGAUCAAAUCCGACGUCUGGUCUUUUGGGGUUCUCCUAACUGAAAUCAUCACCUAUGGAAGGUGCCCCUACCCGGCUAUGACCAAUCCCGAAGUCAUCCAACAUCUACUGAAGGGUUACCGGAUGCCCCGUCCGGAAAACUGCCCAGCUGAACUCUAUGCAGUCAUGUUGAAAUGCUGGAAGAACAAUCCCGAAGAGAGACCCACAUUCGAAUACCUCCAGUCCACCCUCGAGGAUUUUUACACAGCCACGGAAAAACAGUACGAAGCUGAGCCCACUUCUUCCUGAGCAGCGACGAAGUUGCUGGAGACUUCUGUAAAAAGCAACAUCAACAAAACCUUGUGGGACUCUGGCAAGAGGGGUGUGUGGGCUCACUUUCGAAGCAGAAAUGCUGGACUGUUGGGCAUUUCUGUUCCUCCACGGCUGCCUUUGGUCCUCUCCCCGUUCUCAAGGUCCCCUGCGAGACCAGGAGUCGAAAUGGAUUUUAUUCUGGGCCAAUCCUAAAGGAGAGGAUUUGAGAAGAGGAGACUCAACCGCCCCUUAGAUCGGACUCUGUUGCAUGUCCCAAGCUCAUUCUUACCGAUUAAACUAGAACUUAAACUGCCAAGACUGGGUCUACAGUGGUGCCUCGCAAGAUGAAUUUAAUUCGUUCCACGAAUCAAUUCAUUUUGCGAAAAAUUCGUCUUGCGAAUCGCGGUUUCCCAUAGGAAUGCAUUGAAAUUUCUUUUUUUGCCCAUAGGAACACAUUAAUUAAAUUUCAAUGCAUUCCUAUCAUAGCUGCCAAGUUAUCCCUUUUUUUAAG